AUGUGUACAACACUGUUCAUCCUAUAUUGUUUACGCCAUGUCAUACUCGUUUAUUGGGCAUUUUUGAAAAUCAAGCUAGACAAUGCUGUAUUUGAUCGCGGCUAUGUACCUUGUGGACGAUUACGAAAGCAGCCCAUUUUAUAUGUGUAUGAUUCAGAUCAUGUCGAGAUCGUUUGGGAAACGAACUGUGGGACAACAGAUAGACAGAUGCAACUAACGUAUCACUCUAAAGAAGAACAACCAGUGACGAUUGGACCAAUUGAGCCAAUAGUGUUGGAUAGAUACCAUACAGUAUACAAGACAAAGAUUGGACCUAUCGAAGGACGAAAGAUUAAUUAUUUGAUCCAUGACGAACAAAGGACGUUGACCAAGGGCACAUUUCAAUGGCACAAGCACACGCAAGAUGAACCGAUACGAAUAGCAGCAAUGGCAGAUAACCAGUUUGGAAUGCUCACUUUUGUGUCGUUACUCCGACAGGUUGCGUCCAAGAAACCACACUAUCUACUUCAUGCGGGAGAUGCGAUCCAAAACUACCCCGACCUACGACAAUGGCAGACAGACUUUGUGGCGCCCCUGACGUUCUUUGGGCUUGGCCAGACGACACCCAUGAUCUAUGCACAUGGCAACCAUGACUUUGACGGCACAUCAAGGUAUGUUUAUAGCCGAUCGUCCAACUGGUUUUCGUUUUCACUUGCACAGGGGACGAUUCAUUUUAUUGUACUCGACAGCAACUUGGAUUGGGAGAGCCAAGAUGACUGGCUACAGGCUGAGCUCGAGACAGAGGCCUUCAAGCAAGCACAGUUCAGGAUCGUCGUUGUCCAUGUGCCACCCUUUCUCGAAUACUGGGACCCUGAGGCCUGGUUUGACCUACAACAGAGCGAAUGGAGUCGAUUCGUCAAGGAUCGGUACGUGCCUCUUUUUGAAGCUUCAGGAGUUGAUGUGGUUAUAUCUGGGCACCAACAUAACUACGAGCGUGGAGAACGUAACGGGAUACAAUAUGGGAUUAUCGGAGGCGCAGGAGGAGACCUUGAUCGAGAACAGGUCAAGGAUUGGGGUAUGUAUGAGGCCAAGUUGUUUGAUUUUCAUUUUGUGAUGAUCGAGCUCGUCAAUAACUCUCUCAUCUGGGAGACAUUUGACCUACAUGGCCAGCGAGUAGAUCGUGUCGUGAUCAAGAAAUAA